AUGGUCGCGCCAGCGGUUCCUGAAAUCACCGAGGAGAUUCUCCACGAGUCGAUCGAUGCCCGAACCGAAUCUCUUGCUGGCCUUCGCGAGCUUGGCCCUCCCGAUCUCGUACACCUACUCAAGCACGCUGUCCGAAACCCAGCCAAACAGACUGGAGUAUACCAUCAUGUCACCGGCGUCGACGCAUCUUCUUCGGCUAGUUUAGCAGCAUACAUCAAUACCUUGACCUACAAAGAAUCCGGGCCUAAUGCGACAAACAAGAUUGUCGAAGGUGUCUACUGCUGUUACAAUGCCUUUUCACGACUUGACAUGCGCGUUCACGUAUCGAUUCCCGGAACCGUAGAAAGCUACUGCGUCGACGAACGAGGCGAGAAGAGAAAGGCUUCAGAGGAGCUCUGGCUAGAAACCUACCUAUGCAGUGUCCUCCGAGCCUACUCAUACGCAGACGACGGCAGUGGUGAUACCAUCCGAAAGAUCAUGGGUGUCAGAAGAUUCAACCCUGUCACAAACACCGAGACCGAGCAUCGUUUUCUUCAUGCAGCAGAACAACUCUUCUUCAGGGGAUGGCAAUUGGGCUCCGAUUCUGUAGUCCAAGUCCCUACUAAUGUGUCCAAUCACUUGACCACUGGACUUCUAAAAUAUCUCGAGACGACUGGCCGUUACGCCUCUGGAAUCAACCUAUUCGAAAAGCUCCGAACGCAGAGCGUCGAGGUUUCUUCGCUACUAUCCAAGGUCAUGUUCAUGGGGCACGAGGAAGUUGCCGGUGUUAGGACUCUACAUCAGUCUUUGCAAGAAACUCCGAUGGACUAUGUCAUGCUCGACACCCAAGCUGAAUUCCUUUUGGCCAAGGCCAAAAAUGCGUCUACCCCUGAGCUCAGAGAAGAGAGACUGAAAAUGUCGCUUGGCUGUGCGGAUCGAGCGACCGUUGCUGCCCCGACUGAGUUUAGCACCUGGGCUAGAUUGGCUCAGGUCUACGUGGCGAUGGAGGAUUGGGACAACGCGCUCACCAUCCUCAACUCAUGCCCCAUGUUCACUUACCAAGACAAGGACACGCCUUUAAUGCCUGAACCAAAGGAAGUUCACCUACCAACCCUUCCCGAAACUCGCCUUGAUGAGAUUGAUAGCGAGCCCGAGUCGCGGUACUCGGAACAGGUCGAUCCCAGCUUGCUCAACCUGCGAGCAGCAUCUUACAGAGGCACUUUCAAAAAGGCGUACGACAUUUUGACCGAGAUGACUGCUAAGAUUGGUUGGGACCAGCUCCUGAAGAUUCGCAGUAACGUAUUUGUGAUGGAGGACGAGUACCGCACGGAGAAGCAGGAGGCCACUCAGCCACCUGCCUCGACAAAACGAAGUCCUAGUACGGAUGGUUUAAGAGGUACACCUGAACAAACUGUCAACCAUGACGACGAGGCACCAAGCGAAACCAUAGAAAAGCCUGUCGAGGCUGUAUCCGAAGUUGACGCUGAUGAGGACACUGAUACCCCUACCACCAAUGGCAAUGGCGAACAGAACAUUGAGAAGCCUUCAAACGUGAUUGACCCUGGCGAGGCGAAGGCAGAUAGCGAGGCUACCAAGAACGACGAGAAUCUUUCCAAACUCAACACUAAGCGUCUUUGUGAACGCUGGUUGGAUAGUCUCUUCAUGGUGCUCUACGAAGACCUUCGUGUUUACACGAUCUGGCGCACUCAGAUGGCCCAAUAUCGCGCCCAGCAGAUGCAGUACAAGAAGUCUGCAGAGGAGUGGGAAAUUCUGGGUUCUCUCGCAGAGCGUCUUCAGCAUGUUGACGAAGCCGUCGAGGCUUACCGCGCAUGCCUAUCGAUCCGCUUUAGCCCCAAGGCUCUAGCUGGAAUUCUCCGUGUCUUCGAGAAGACAAAGAGCACACGGGAGACAGUGGCAUCUGUCAUCCGACUAGUGACAUGGCAGUACCGGUGGUACAGCGAGUUCAGCCCCGAGCUGCUGCACACGAUACGGACCCUAAUCGAGGACGAGGGAGCAGUCAAGGUCAGGAGUAUCAUCCAGGCGACGAGCUUACCCCAGAAUGUUCUGGAUCUGACACAUCACUAUGCUGCGCUGUGCGCGACAUUCAGGAGCAGCGGUACCGACGGUUAG